UCUAAUUCCUUUUUCUCCUCCAAUUGUGAUCGUUUCAUUUGAGGUUCUCAACUCGAGUUUAAUCACUCCUUAACUCGACCUGAUAAAAAGACCUGCUUAUUCCACCUUCCAAUAUUUAUUACCUAUUUGGUCUCGAUAAUGUUGUUGCUCCUCUGCUUCAUGCUCAUUCCUUUGCCACCAAUAAGUUCCAAAAUCUCAUGUUAGAGUAUCAAUCUUGUGACAAAUUUUUCGAUUAGCUUGUCGAAUCACAUCAAAGUGUGAACUCAAUUAGAAUUCAAAGAAAGUUACGACAAGAAUGCAAUCUUUGCAAAUCGUAAGAGUAAAGAUAAACUAACUUUAUCAAUAAGCUGGACAAGAGAACUGGACUGUAAAUAUAAGGCAAAACCCAAGAUCUAGCAAUAUUAGGACACAUGGAAGAUCCUACAAGGUAUUCGGGUAAGCUCACCCUUAGGGUGGUACUAACAUGUGUCAUGGCAACCACUGGUGGCCUAAUUUUUGGUUAUGAUCAUGGAGUUUCAGGUGGAGUGACCUCCAUGGAUUCUUUCUUGAAGAAAUUCUUUCCAUCUGUCUAUGAACAAGAGUCUACCAUGAAACAUUCUUCAAACCAAUAUUGCAAAUUCAACAGUCAAAUAUUGACUUUAUUCACUUCAUCUUUGUACUUAACUGCUCUUGUGGCUGGUCUAGGAGCAUCCAGCAUAACCCGAUUGAUGGGGAGGCGUGCAACUAUGAUUAUAGGUGGAAUAUUCUUUGUAGGAGGUGCAUUGCUAAAUGGAUUAGCUAUAUCCCUAUGGAUGCUUAUUGUUGGGAGAAUGUUGCUUGGUUUUGGCAUUGGAUGUGCUAAUCAGUCGGUACCAAUCUAUGUCUCGGAGAUGGCCCCUUAUAACUAUAGAGGAGCUCUCAACAUGUGCUUCCAAUUGUCAAUCACCAUAGGCAUCUUCAUAGCAAAUCUCUUCAACUACUACUUCGCUAACAUACUUGAUGGUCAAGGAUGGCGUUUAAGCUUAGGGCUUGGAGCAGUCCCUGCUUUCAUUUUUGUCACAGGCUCAAUUUGUCUUCCUGACUCACCAGCCUCCCUCGUUGAGCGUGGAUGUAUCGAGGAAGCAAGGAAAGAACUCCAGAAAAUUCGUGGCACAACUAAAGUUGAUGCAGAGUUCAAUGAUAUAAUUGCUGCUAGUGAGAACUCAAAAAAAGUGACACACCCUUGGAAAACCUUGAGGGAACGAAAGUAUAGGCCUCAACUCAUUUUUGCCAUAUGCAUACCCUUCUUCCAACAAUUCACUGGCCUAAAUGUCAUCACAUUCUAUGCUCCUAUAUUGUUCAGAACAAUUGGGUUUGGAAGCACGGCUUCUCUAAUGUCUGCGGUUAUCAUUGGUAGCUUUAAACCAAUUUCAACCCUGAUUUCAAUUCUUGUUGUAGAUAAGUUUGGAAGGCGUAGCCUUUUCCUUGCAGGUGGUGCUCAAAUGUUGAUUUGUCAGAUUAUUAUGACAAUCGCAAUUGCUGUGGCAUUUGGCACUAGUGGAAACCCUGGAAAAUUGCCAAAUUGGUAUGCAAUUGUAGUAGUUGGUGUCAUAUGUGUAUAUGUUUCUGGUUAUGCUUGGUCUUGGGGUCCACUAGGAUGGUUGGUACCUAGUGAAAUUUUUCCCCUCGAGGUUAGAUCGGCAGCUCAGAGUGUUGUUGUUUCUGUUAACAUGAUCAGUACUUUUGUGGUAGCUCAAUUCUUCACCUCGAUGCUUUGUCACAUGAAGUUUGGUUUGUUCAUCUUCUUUGGUGGUUUUGUGGUGAUCAUGACCUUAUUUAUCUACAAAUUAUUGCCUGAAACAAAAGGUGUUCCAAUUGAGGAAAUGGCUAUAGUGUGGCAAGAACAUCCCAUCUGGAGCAAAUUUUUGGAUUCAAACAAAAACAUCCCAGUUUGCAAUAAGGAUUCUAAAUGUUGAUUUGAUGAGUAUUUUUUGGAAUUAAAAAUUUAUCAGUCUUGGCCUGCAUUUCCAAUUCAAGUUGUGAGUGUAAAAACCAAUGAACAAUCAACUCUCGUUUGUAAAGAGUUUCAUCAACUAUUGAUUCAAUGCAAAUAUAAGUUCUUUUUAUGCCAA